UUGUGACCCUUUUAAGUAUUCCCUACAGAUUUUGUACCUAACCAAAUAUAGGCUUAUACUAUGGAGCCUCCUGCUGUAACUAACCCCCCAGCAAACCCCACACCCCCAAGCAACCCCCCAGGCACCCCCCAACCCCCACCUAACCCAGAGAAACCCAUGGCCACCCCAGCCGCACCUGUGGAAAAAGAAGACGACGACUCAAAUGCUGAUGAUACAGAGAGUUUGGAUUCGAACAGCAGCAGAAAAGAUAUAUCCCCGCGUAGCAGCAGAGGUGGUACCUCACGUAGCGUAACGUUACAAACUCUUGUACAAGAAGGAGUGUUAGAGCCAGGGAAUGGAGUGUUAUCCAUUGAUUACCUGAGUCAUAAAUACCUUGGUGACUUGCUACCUAAUGGAAAGAUCUUAUGGGACAAUGUUCAAUUCCCUUCCCCCAGUACUUGGGCAACUCAUAUUAAGAAGAAGAUUAAUCCAUCGAAGAAAUCGGGCUGUGGGUGGAACUCUGUUAAGUAUAAGGGCAAGAAACUUGACAAAUUGAAAGCAAAUUGGUUUCGAAAAAAUGCUGGAGUCGUUCCCACUCAUUCACCCGCUGCUAAUUUUGAUGAGGAGCUUAUGGCCCAGUGUAACGCAAAUACUUUGUUGCUUGAUAAUAAGAUGGUACGGGAAAGACAAUCCAUGAAAUAUGCAGAGUUGAAACAUCAGACCACUAUUGACCCAAACACGCUGAUCGAGUUUGAAAACUUUAAUGAAACGAACCCCCAACCUUUCUCUAUUGUUGUGUCGUCAUCUGUUCUUCUAUUGAUUGACUUCCAUUGUCAUUUAUCAACUAGCGAGGUUGUGGGUUACCUUGGGGGGCAGUGGGACCCAAACAAACGAUGUUUGUUCAUCAUCCAAGCAUUUCCAUGCAAAUGUAAACUAUGUGACCAAGAUAAUGCAAUGGUUGUUGAACAAGAGAUCAGUCAAAACAUGAUGCGACGAAACCUCACCCGUGUAGGAUGGUAUCAUUCCCACCCCACCAGCCAAUCAGAACCAACCAUUCGUGACAUAGAUGUCCAGCAUGAAAUGCAAGCAAUGGUGGCAGCAACGCAUCCAGCCAUUGGACUCAUAUGUUCUCCGUUUGACGUACGAGACGCAACUCGCACCGAGUCAGUAUACAGCGCGUUCUGGGUGUCGCCCCCACCAGAAGUGAGCGAGGGGGAGGUAUGGUACGGAAUGCCUAUGAGGCUGGUUUAUAAUGAGAUGCAGGAUCAUGCAAUACAACAAGAUCUACUUGCCGAGAUGAGAAUGUUGGUUGAUUUCCAUAAAACUCAACCAGACCUGAUUGGGUUUGGUAAAUUAUGGAAAGGCACGAUGACUUAUCUUGAUAAAAUAAAGCUUUCCAUGACGCGAAAGUUACCAAAAGAUCGAUCGGGAAGUCAACUCGUUCAUUUUGUUCACGAACUUUUAAUGAAUUCAACAACGGUCAACACUGGUUGAUUAAGCAACACUGGUUGACUGCACAACACUGAAUGAUGUGAUUGCGCAACACUGCUAAUGUAAUUGUGCAACACUGGUUUGUGCGAUUGUGCAACACUGCUCAUCUUUCUAACAUUGAAACAGCAGCUUUCCACAGCCUUGAUCCAAGAGACAAUAUAUUGGUUCUUAUUAGUGAUAACAAAAUGAAAUUGUUCAUUAUGUUUUACAUCAACGUGUAGCAAUCAUAGUUUCAAUCAAUAUUUUUAUGAAAUUGUAUCAAUAUGAAUUUUUUUGCUGUUGUGUUUUGUUUCUGCCGUUUUAUUAUGUCUGCUUUUUCUUUGCUCUUUAUUUCCCAUAUUUGUAUCUGUGGUUGUCCCAAUAAAUCUCCCAUAACUUUG